AUGGAGCUUCGUCCGCUGGGAUCGCAAGGGCUCAUGGCUCCUCCUAUGGGGUUGGGAUGCAUGGGCAUGACCGCAUUCUAUGAUGUCAACCAUGACGAGCACGAGGAGAUCUCUCUUCGCACUCUCGACAGAGCGUUGGAGCUUGGAGUCAACUUCCUGGUAAGCAAGGGGUUUGCUUCGUGUGGAAGGAAUGAAGAGCUUGUUGGAAAGGCCAUAAAGAAGCAUGGAAGGGACAAAUUCAUCAUCGCUACCAAGUUCGGAGCUGAGUAUACAGCUGAUGCAAAACCAGUUCCCCACCUCGGAAGGCCAGAACACGUUCGCCGGCACUGCGAAGACAGCUUGAAGCGGCUGGGAACGGAUUACAUCGACUUGUACUACAUGCAUCGCAUGGACCCAACCACUCCCAUCGAAGAGACCAUGGGCGAGGUGAAAAAGCUCAUUGCAGAGGGCAAGGUCAAGUACGUGGGCCUGUCGGAGUGCACGGCUGCAGAGUUGAGAGCAGCGCAUGCGGUGCAGCCCAUCUCAGCCAUCCAGAUGGAGUGGUCUUUACAAACUCGGGAUAUCGAAAAAGAUAUCGUGCCAACAGCCCGCGAGCUCGGAGUGGCUAUCGUGGCAUACUCGCCCUUGGGGAGAGGUUUGCUUUCCAACACUUUUAAGUCUCGUUCGGACAUCAAGGAAAAUGAUUGGAGACGAUUCAACCCAAGAUUUAGUGAAGAGAAUUUCGACACCAACUAUCAGAACACGCUCAAGAUCAAGGCCGUGGCCGAACGCAAGGGUUGUACUCCUGCUCAGAUCGCUCUGGCCUGGCUUUUGCACCAGGGGAAAGACGUUUUUCCUAUUCCUGGAACAAAGUCUCCCGAAAGGCUUGAGGAGAACGCAAAGGCUGUCGACAUUGUGCUCACUGCUGAAGAUCUCCAGGAGCUCUCCACAAUCUCUGAAGCGAAGGUGAUCCCAUCACCUCUGACUCUCAUGGCAUGGAAAUGA